GAAAAUGCAGUAUGAAAACCCGGAAGUGAUGUAACGUGGCAGCGAUGUUGUGGAUAAAGUGUUUAAAUCGGUCAUGCAGCGUGCAGCAGCUGUGGCUUUUUAUUUCUAUCAGUAUCUCUGUGAUCACUUCUUUCUGUCAGGAGGAGAAACUUCUGAUCAGUCCGGGAAAAUGUCGAAUUUGGGGUCCGGGGCUCGAGCCGCGUCUGGUGCUUCCUGUCCGUUAUUUCUACAUUCAGGCGGUGAAUGAAGCUGGAGAAAACAUCACCACGUCCCCGGGUGCAGACAUGUUCCAGGUAAGAGUGAGCGCUCUCUCGGGGCAGGAGCGAGUCCGUGUUCAUGUUGCUGCUCCUCUGGAUCGGAGUGAUGGCUCGUUCCUCGUGAGGUUCCGGCUUUACUCCAGCGUAGUUAACGGUCUGAAGGUGGAGGUGUUUCACAAAAACACACCUGUGGCUCAGUCUCCAUACACACUGACAGGAGCAGUGUAUCACGAGGACUGCGAUUGCCCAGAUGAGGACGCGGAGGCGUGGCUGAGGAUGAUGAAGUGUCCGGGUGCAGAUCUUCAGAUUGAUCAUGAUUUUAGUGCUUUUCCCUCCAUCGAGCUGCGGAGGGUGAGACAGGAAGUUCCCUCACGCUUCUCAAACCGUGGCGUGAUUCACUACACCAUCAAGGACAACCAGCUGCACCGGCGCUCGCUCGGGAAAUACACCGAUUUCAAGAUGUUCUCAGAUGAGAUGCUGCUGUCACUCAUGCGCAAAGUCCGUGUGCCGGACGUUGAGUUCUUCAUUAACGUCGGAGACUGGCCCUUAGAGACACGCAAAGUUUCAGACACUCCUGGACCUCUUCCUGUUCUCUCAUGGUGCGGCUCGGAGGACACGCGUGACAUCAUCCUGCCCACCUAUGACAUCACACACUCCACCUUAGAGGCCAUGAGGGGCGUGUCUAAUGACCUGCUGUCUGUACAGGGAAAUACAGGUCCUGUGUGGAGGAAUAAAACAGAGCGAGCGUUUUUCCGAGGCAGAGACAGUCGUAAGGAGAGACUUCAUCUCGUCUCCAUGUCCAAAAAAAACCCUGAGCUGCUGGACGCUGGGAUCACGGCUUUCUUCUUUUUCCGGGAACGAGAGAAAGAUCUGGGCAAAGCACCGCUGGUCGGAUUCUUCGAUUUCUUUAAGUAUAAGUACCAGUUGAAUGUAGACGGGACAGUUGCUGCCUACAGGUUUCCAUAUCUGAUGUUGGGGAACAGUGUGGUAAUGAAGCAGGACUCUUCCUAUUAUGAACACUUUUACACACACCUCCGAGCCGGGCGCCAUUACUUACGGCUCAGGAGAGAUCUGUCUGAUGUGAUUGAGAAGAUCCAGUGGGCAAAGGAGAAUGAUGGUGAGGUGGAGGCUAUAGCGAGGGCGGGGCAGGCACUGGUCAGAGAUCUUCUCCAACCUCACAGACUCUACUGUUAUUACUACAUGGUGCUAAAGUCGUAUGCAGAGCGUCAGGUGGACGACGCUGAUGUUCAUGCUGAUAUGGAGAGAGUGGAACAGCCGUCUGACCACAGCACAGCGUGCGAGUGUCUCAGGAACACACGGAGGAGGACGAGUGAUGAGCUCUGACCCAUGAGGAACCUCAUCAUCUCACUGCAGGAGAGAGUUCCUGCAGAGGACCAACCAUUCCACCUGUCUCACUCACACACACACACACACACACACACACACACACACACACACACACCUGCACAAAUUCUCAUGUCCCAAACCACAAACUGUGUUUAAUACACAGGUUACUGAAACACCUUCACACACCUACAGCUUAUCUAAAACACACACACACACACACACACACACACACACACACACACACACACACAGGAAGUGAAGGGCUCAGUGUGGAGCUGCCUGUAAAACACACACCGUUUCAUUUCACUGUUCCAUAUGUGCUGCUAAUACAGCCAGGAACUCAUCUCAUCAGUUUAUAUUGGAUCUUACACACACACACACACACACACACACACACACACACAGUAAUUAUAUUUUGUAAGUAAAGAUCCUUUUAGUGUAUUAUAUUUUCUCUGAGAGAAACACAGCCUGGCUUUUAAGCUGAUUGUUUACUGUCCUGUACACUAACAACUGCAACAUCAGCAAAGUGUGUGUGUGUGUGUGUGUGUGUGUGUGUGUGUGUGUGUGUGUGGUGAUAUGCUUUUAACGUUAUUGUUUACAUUUCACAACAGAUCUGCAGUGUGUUCAGAGUGAUUUGGAUGCACCGACUAAAGAAAAUAUCUUUAUUUGUAAAAUAAACGCCUGUUACAGUC